AUUUUACUGGUAACAACUGUAGAAAGCAUUCACCAUUUCCCGCUUUACUCUGUGAUUUGGAGAACGCAGCAUUAAUGCCUCAAAAGAACAAAAUUUAUACCUUUACACACGUUUAUCCACCCCCUAGGGUUUUGUCUUAUUUUAUGUUAUGUUGCUCACGUUUCACUACAGCAGAGAGAGAGAGUAGUGAGCAGUGAGUAGUGAGAAGAGACAAAGAGGGUUUCCUUUCUGGGUUUUCUUUGGUUGCUCCACUGAAGAAAAAAAUUAGGGUUUUAGAAGCUGAAUGUGGGUUGUCAAGGCCUGAACUUGUCUGGGUCCCUGGAAUUUAAUGGAAUUUAGUUGUGGAUUUGAAGACCCUUUCGGUUCUGCUUUCAUGGGGUGGUUGUAGCUGGAGGGUCCGAGCUCUGUGAAGAAAUUGCAAGGGGAAAGGGUAGGUGUGAGCUGUGAUUUCAGUGAGUUCAAGCCUCUUGUUCUUUGUAGUUUUGCUGCUUUGAAAUAGUAUAAAUCUCUCAUGGGACACUUCGUAGGGAGCCACAUUGUUGUGUUUCAUCAGGCACGGUGGUUGUAAGAAAUGCAGCUUCUUCCGGAGGUUAGAUCUCUGAAAGUGACUCUAUUUGUGCUGUGUUUGUCAGUCAUUUAGGGUGUUGGCUCUGUCUCUUUUGCAAAAAUUGUUGUUUCUAUGAGCUGUGGCGUUUUUUCUUUUUCCACUACCACUUUGUUGGGAAGGGAAUCAGUCUCCUGAAGAAGCUCCGCCUCGCAUGAGUUUGGGAAUUUAGGGUUUUGGUUUAUCAUUCUUCCGGUCAAAAUGCUAAGUAGCUUAACACAGUAGUUUAUGUUUAAAGCUGUAGCGCUUACUUCCCACGUUUGUUUCUUUCCGAGGAGAAAUGUGGUGCUUGGUUCCUAUAUUUGUUUUGCGUUCGAUACUUUGACAGCUUGGAAGCCCCAUUUUGUUCUACACAUUGAGCUUAUAUCUUGCUGGAGUGAAGCCAUUUUUAGUGUGAGUGAUGACGCUUUUCAAGCUUUUAGUGGUAUCCCUGGUUUUUGCCUCUGCCAUGGGUCAACUUCCUUCGCAGGACAUUUUGGCACUGCUUGAAAUCAAGAAAGGAAUCAAGCACGACCCGACUGGUUAUGUCCUUAAUUCAUGGAAUGAGGAGUCUAUCGACUUCAACGGGUGCCCUUCUUCUUGGAAUGGGAUUGUCUGUAACACUGGCAAAGUUGCUGGGGUUGUCCUUGAUAACUUGGGUCUCUCUGCUGAUGCAGACUUGAGUGUUUUUUCAAACCUCACAAAACUUGUGAAACUCUCCAUGGCAAACAAUUCGAUAUCAGGAAAAAUUCCUGACAAUAUUGGCGAUUUCAAAAGCCUGGAGUAUUUGGAUCUCUCAAACAACCUGUUCUUCUCGUCUUUACCACAGAGAUUGGGUGAAUUAGAGAACUUGCAAAACCUCUCCUUGGCUGGGAACAACUUCUCUGGUUCAAUUCCUGAUUUCAUUUCUGGGCUUGCUUCGAUUAAGUUAUUGGACUUGAGCAGCAACUCCUUUUCUGGGCCAUUGCCAUCAUCAUUGACGAAGCUGAUGAACCUCGUGCACCUUAACCUGUCUCGUAAUGGGUUUGUAAAUAAAAUACCAAAAGGUUUUGAGCAGAUUACCACUCUUGAGGUGCUUGACUUGCAUGGGAACAUGCUUGAUGGUCAUAUAGAUGUGGAAUUCUUUCUUUCGUCUAGUGCUGUCCAUAUUGAUUUUAGUGGGAAUUUGCUGGUUAGUUCUACUUCGCAGCAGCAGAAAUUUCUACCUGUUAUAUCCGAGACGAUUAAGUAUUUGAAUCUUAGCCACAACCGUCUUGAGGGGUCACUAGAUAAGGGAGGCGAGCCCAUGGAAUUUCAGAGCUUGAAGGUGUUGGAUCUCAGCUAUAAUCAACUCUCUGGAGAAUUGCCUGGAUUUAAUUUUGUUUAUGAGCUCGAGGUCCUCAAGCUCAGCAACAACAGAUUUUCAGGGUUAUUUCCUAAUAAUCUUCUGAAAGGAGAUCCAUUGGUGCUAACUGAGUUGGAUUUGAGUGCCAACAAUCUCUCAGGGCCUAUAAGUCUGAUCACAUCGACAACUUUGCACUUGGUUAAUCUCUCAUCAAAUGCACUCUCAGGUGAACUUCCAUUGCUGAUUGGAAGCUGUGCUGUACUAGAUUUAUCAAAUAACCAAUUUGAAGGAAAUUUAAGCAAAAUUGUCAAAUGGGCAAAUAUUGAAUUCCUUGAUCUCAGUCAGAAUCGAUUGAAAGGGUCCAUCCCUGCGCCAUUUUCGCAGUUUCUGCGCCUGAAUUAUCUUAACCUCUCACAUAAUUCCCUUACUAGCUCUCUCCCAAAAGUAAUUACACAAUAUCCCAAGCUUCGAGUCCUUGAUCUGAGUAACAAUCAGUUAGAUGGAUUGUUUCUGACUACGUUGCUAACAUUACCCACCUUACAAGAGCUACACCUUGAAAACAAUUUAUUUACUGGUGGUAUUGAACUCUCUUCUCCUUCUUCCAGUGAAUCUGAUCUUCGAGUUCUAGAUAUUUCUGGUAACCGGAUUAGUGGUUAUUUUCCUGAUUGGUUUGGUUCAAUGACCCAGCUUCAAGUGCUGAAUCUUGCUAAAAAUAACCUCUCUGGUUCUCUGCCUACUUCCCUGGCUGACAUGAAACCACUAAGUUCCUUAGAUAUAUCCCAGAAUCAUUUUACAGGUUCUUUGCCACCCAACUUGCCUGACAGCCUUGCAAGAUUAAAUGUAUCCUACAAUGAACUCUCUGGUGUUGUUCCAGAGAACCUUAGAAGGUUUCCAAGUUCUUCUUUCUACCCUGGGAACCCUGGAUUGGCUUUUCCAAAUAAUAAUGCUCCUGGCUCAGAAAAUUUUCCAUCCAGAAAUUCUAGCAGGAAACCAAUCAAAACUUUUGUCAAAGUGGUAGUGAUAGUAGCAUGCAUAGUUGCUGUGGUCAUUCUGAUCUUGCUCGCAAUCUUUGUACAUUAUAUCCGUGUAUCAAGGAGGCCUCUGCCAGAACAUGUUACAAGCAAAGAUAUCCUGAAGCCACCCCCAACAAGUACCUCCGGAUUCAGUGGUAGGGACAGCAAUAGUCCUCUAGUGGUUGCAGCUGAGGAUCUUAUGACUUCACGAAAAGGAUCAUCAUCUGAGAUAAUCAGUUCCGAUGAGAAGAUGGCUGCUGUAACUGGUUUCUCCCCAUCAAAGAACAGCCAUCUGUCCUGGUCACCUGAGUCUGGAGAUGCGUUCACUGUUGAAAACCUUGCAAGACUAGAUGUCAAAUCACCAGAUCAAUUGGCUGGCGAACUGCAUUUUCUUGAUGAUACAAUAACAUUGACACCUGAGGAACUCUCAAGGGCUCCAGCUGAGGUGUUGGGGAGGAGCAGCCACGGGACUUCUUACAAGGCAACACUGGAUAAUGGCACUUUCUUGACUGUGAAGUGGUUGAGAGAAGGAGUCGCAAAGCAAAGAAAAGAAUUUGCUAAAGAGGCUAAAAAAUUUGCAAAUAUCAGGCAUCCUAACGUGGUAGGCUUAAGAGGGUAUUACUGGGGACCCACACAGCAUGAGAAGCUCAUUCUUUCAGAUUAUAUCUCGCCUGGAAGUCUUGCAAGCUUUCUUUAUGAUCGGCCAGGAAGAAAGGUCCCACCAUUAUCUUGGGCCCAGAGGCUAAAAAUUGCAGUUGAUGUCGCACGCGGGCUGAACUAUCUCCAUUUUGAUCGUGCACUUCCGCACGGCAACCUCAAAGCAACAAAUAUACUAUUAGAUGGGCCUGAUCUUAACGCCCGCAUUGCUGAUUACUGCCUACAUCGCCUUAUGACCCAGGCUGGCACCGUUGAACAGAUUCUUGAUGCAGGCAUAUUAGGAUAUCGGGCACCAGAAUUGAGUGCUUCCAAGAAACCAUUGCCCUCCUUCAAGUCAGAUGUUUAUGCUUUUGGAGUGGUACUUCUGGAACUUUUAACAGGCAGAUGUGCUGGGGAUGUGGUUUCCGGUGAGGAUGGAGGUGUUGAUUUAACAGAUUGGGUGAGGUUGAGGAUGGCAGAAGGUCGCAGCUCAGAUUGUUUUGAUGCUGCGUUGAUGCUGGAAAUGGGGAACCCGGCAGCAGAGAAGGGAAUGAAGGAGGUCCUUGGAAUAGCUCUACGAUGUAUACGCUCAAUUUCUGAGAGGCCGGGUAUCAAAACAAUAUAUGAGGAUCUUUCUUCCAUUUAGUCUGUUGUAGAAUUGUUCUGUGGACCUGAAAUUUAUCUGGGAAUCAAAUAUCUCAUUGGCCUCCCAUUUCUGAGUCUGAUGUUUUGGGAUUUUGGCGUGACCUGCUAAUUAGAUUAACCAUUUUUGUAAAAGUGGGGUACUUUUCAAGGAAUAUUAACUUUUGAAAA